AUGUGGUGCUCGGUAACGAGCCUGCUGUCGGUGUCGCUCCUUCACCCAGCACUGGGCUGCAACGGCAAGGGUGAAUUUUGCGACCUUCCCUUCACCAAGUACACCUUCGCUGGGUCGCACAAUGCCAAUGCAUACGAUUUGACGCUCCCAGACAUCAUUAGGGAGGACAUACCGCUAGUGGAUGUCAACGAAGUUUUGAGAGGCUACUAUGAGAAUCAUGACUUGGACCUCACGCAGCAGCUAAACUUCGGCAUUCGCGCCUUCAUGGUGGAUCUUUGCGACAAUGCAGACACACCAGGUUCUGGUCCUUUCUUGAACUGCCAUGGACCAAACGGCCAAGCAGCUUUUCGAGGCAAGUUCGAAGAUGACCUGGACUCUGUCGCUGAGUGGUUAAGUCUACACCCGCGUGAGCUGAUCGUUCUCUCACCUGACAACAUUCCUUACCGCGGAGGGACUCGCUGGGAAGCUCUUUUUAAAGCUAAGUUCGGCGGGCUUGGCACAGGCACGUCCUGCGCGGAGAUUGAUGGGACGACGGAUGUAUCGUCCUGGUCUGCACGCUCCCAGGUGUCGUGUGCUUUGAUGACAGCCGUCCCCAACGACAACAUCACGAUGGGUGCACUGGUGGAUCUCAACCUGCGGGUGGUGGUCUGGCCGGAGGGCUGGAGGCAAGUGUUCUACAGCACCUAUGAUGGAAACGUUCAACCCGGAGCGACGGUUGAGAGUCUCCUCGAAGACUUUACAAAAUAUGCAGAAGGACAGAAGGUGGGAUUCCUUGGUCGCGGCAUCGGGACCGGAUAUCUUUUCCAGGUCUUAGCAUCUGCCAAGUUUCCCGAUUUCAGCAUGUGGAACUCAUGUGCCGACCCAAUUUGCAAGACACUUGCAGCCAAGCAACUCAAGGAUGACUUAGCAAUCAAGAGCGUCAAGAGUAUGUCUACCGGACUCAAUGCGGGUCUGCUGCAGGACGACACAUCCCCGCAUGAGUAUCAGUCGGAGGAGGAAUGCCCAGAGUAUGCUUGCGGAUGUCUAGGGUACCGGUCGCCUCUCGAAGUAGUCCACCAGAAGCUUCUUGAAAACGGUGAUGCGAUCCAGGCAGUAUUCGUAGAUUAUCCCGAGGUGGGGGAGAAGAGCAACGUUGUCCAUGCCGCCGCGAGAAUGAAUGAAGCCAACCUUCGGCACUUGCGUGGUGAGGACGAGCCUGGUGCCGAGUGGUGGUCUUGCCACUGGCAGCCAGUCGUAGCAAUUUCAACACCUUCACUGCUCUUCAUCCUUUGCGCGCUCUACGUCUUUUUGAUGUGUCGCUAUCCGGACCGCUGGGGUGUGUGUAUAUGGAAUCAGUGGAAAGCUUACAAGGCCCGGGUGGCGGCCAGGAAGGAGGGAGAAGAAAGAGGCCGGGAGGAAGCCCGUGCUUACUUAUAUGGGGAAGCUCAAGGUGUUGGCAACAUGGAUAUGUCAAUGCCUCAGCAGAUUCCACCCGGGAUCGCACCCAGUGCUGGAAAUCCCCAGGCCAGCUAUGCAUAUUCUCAAUAUCCAGUACACGUUGCUGGAAAUCCACAGGCCAACUAUUCAUAUCCGGCAUAUCCUCAGUAUCCCCAACAGCCUCAAGGCAAGUUCCAGAAGUUUGCGGACACGGAGUGA